AUGGCGAACCAAGCCAACUCACUUCCAGUGGUAAUAUACAGGAAAGGAAUAUCUGCCGAGGGAUUCGAAGAGUUUCUUCGGGAACAAUACCAAGGGGUCGGAAAGCAUGUCGAUGAUAUAUUAACCCUACUCUAUAGUCAAGGUCUACUGCAAGAGGCUAGUUGCUAUUACUGGCAAUCAUUCUGGAAACUUAUGCUGCAUCUCUUCGGAUGUAGCCCGUGGGACUUGACGACUUGGGGUUUACGAAUUCACAGUGAAUGUAAAUCCCCAGUUAUGAAGGAACUAAACCAACUCCUUCCACACCCUAUUUGGGAAGGAAACGUCGACAUCUUACGAUACGUCCUCCAGAAAACAGUACUCUGUCGAUUGGGGGCAGAUAUAGAGCCACUAGGACCCUUGGCAGCAGGCAUUGCAGAUGUCUUGAUCUCGAGAAGGAAUCCCGAUGCAACUGACAUGGCGCUGGAAAUGUGGGCAAGUACCGGCCCUGCUACCAACAGCAAUGUGAUGUAUCUACUCGAGCUACUAUCUACAAUGCCAGAGCACUCUAAACAACAACAGCCAUGGUCUACCAAGCCCUUUGUGCUCAUACCACGCGAUGUCAGUGUCAUUCUUCAGGAAUACUAUGACGCUUUCGUCAAACGAGAGAUGUGGCCCCGUGGCCUAGCUACCGUCGACACUAAAACGAUAGAACGGUGGGAUAAAACAAUGCUUGCAAUCAAAAACCGCGAUUACCUCUUAGGAGAGCCAGACACCCGCGUUGGAAAAGAAAGAGAACGGCACAAGGCUUUAGCAUACUGGGAGAGCCCAAACUGCCACCCGGGACUUAAAGAACUGGUAUCAAUGAACACUAUCCCGUAUAUUUUCACUAAGUGA